AUGCCGAAAGAAAAGAAAAUCAUCGGGACCGGAGUGAAGCAAAAAGCGCUCACCGCGGAGGAGAAGAAACGGAAAGAGGAGAAAGAAAAGCGCGAAAAAGAGCGAGAACGGAAAGAACGGAAAGCCCGCGACGCGGUGGAUCGAACGUUUGGCUUGAAGAACAAGAACGUGAGCUCGAAAGUUCAAACGCAAAUCGCUCGAAAUGUCGCCCAGGCGCCGAGUCAUCUGACGCCCGAGGCGAGACGAGCGCAAGCGGAAGCGAGAGCGAGGGAGAAGAAGAAAACGAAAGAAGCGGAGAUGCAAGCGAAGCGCGAGUUGGACGUGCUGAUGGGAGUUAUCAGCGACGUUUCUCUGAAGAGAGAGGACGAAGAGGAGGACGAGGAGGAGCCGAAAUCGAAGCAAGAGUUGGACGCGCGCGAGGAAGAGAAGCGAAGAAAAAUCGAAGAGAAGCAAAGACUGUUGAAAGAGUUGGAGAGGAAGCAGGCGGAGAUGCAACGACAAGAAAUCAUGUCGUCGUCCGGGGUGAAACUGAAACCAGGCGACGAAGGGUACGACCCUUACGAGGAUUACCCGGACGAAAAUAUCCUAGGUGGAGGCUUCGAGGACGAGGAGGAAAGAGAACGUCUGUUUAAGCGUUUAACGAAGGCGGUUUGCGGCAUCGGAAAGAAAGGCGAGGUCCGCGACGCCGUCGGCGAGAUUCUAAAAACCAUCGAAGACGACGACGAGGAGGACAACGACAACGACGCGUGA